UUCCUCGCAUGUCACAGAGCUUGGACAGUCAUCGCAAGGGUCAAAGGGCAUCAUGUCCAGCCUACGGAUAUGCUCAACAGGAGCCAGGACCAGGGUUCUGAGGAGCUGCUCCUUGACCUGACCUACGUCACUGAGCGCAUCAUCUCUAUGUCCUUCCCAUCGGAAGGGCACGAGACCACGUACGCUUUCAACUUGAAGGAAGUUGUCCGCAUGCUAAAAACUAAACAUGGCGACAACUACCUGAUUUUGAAUUUGUCUGAGAAGAGACAGGACUUGGCGAAGUCGAACCCACAGGUAAAAGAGUAUGGCUGGCCUGAUCACCUGGCCCCUCCCUUGGAGCGGUUGUGCAGCGUGUGCAAGGCAGUGGACGCUUGGCUCAACGCCGCCCACAACGUCGCCGUGCUGCACUGCAAGGGGGGGCGCGCCCGCAUCGCCAUCAUCAUCGCAGCCUACAUGCACUACAGCAACAUCUGUGCCAGCGCCGACCAGGCACUGGACCGGUUUGCUAUGAAGCGUUUUUAUGAAGACAAGUUGGGAGGACUUCCGCUUCCGUCACAGAGAAGGUAUGUGCACUACUUUGCUGGCCUGCUGUCUGGAGCCAUCAAGAUCAACAGCAACCCGCUGUACCUCCACCACAUCCUCAUCCACGGAGUGCCGAACUUUGAUACACGAGGCGGCUGUCGACCUUUCAUCAAAGUGUACCAAGGCAUGCAGCCCAUCUUCACUUCUGGCGUCUACAACGUGACAGACAACAUGCAGAAGGUGUGCAUCUCCAUCUCACCUGGCAUCCCGCUGCGGGGUGACAUUCUCAUCAAAUGCUACCACAAGAAGGCCCGCUCUGGACAGCGGGAGAUCAUCUGGCAGUGCCAGUUCCACACCUGCGCCAUCGAGGAUGGCAACAUCGUCUUCAGCAAGCAGGAGCUGGACGACGCCAUCCACGACCCCAGAUUUCCAGACUCAGGAAAGGUGGAGUUUGUCUUUGGACCCAGUUCGGAUGUCCCUGUUUCAGUUUCAGGAUUCAAAUCUGAUGUAACUGUUCCUGUUGAUGACAAUGAGGAUGCCUUGACAAGAUCUGAUUCUUAUGAAAACUUUCAGCGAGCUUUAGAGCAAGGACUUCAGACGGGCAUCAGUGAGAACGGCCUGUCCAGGCAGCAGGUGAACCGAGUGCAGGUUUCGCGGGUAGACCACACCCAAGGCCCAUGGGAUGGCAGCCUUUACGCAACAGUAAACAAGUCACGGAAUACGGAAGUGGAAACAGCAAACAGGGUGCAUAACGGGCCCAUGCGCAUUCCCAACGGCUCUCUUGCUUCCAGUGUUGAUUCGGGGUACGCAGGGCCAAAUACAAGCUAUGGUUCCCAGUUCCAAAACAAUGCAAGUUUUACAUCCAGCGUGAACACCGCUCACACCUCAUACAGUACUAGUACAUCGUCUAGAGCUGCAGGGCAGGUAUUAGAUGAGACAGCAAACUUGAACUAUAGCACAGUGCCUCGGCAACAACAGACAGUACCCCCAUUAGAUGAACGAACUCAGUUAGAUGAGCUUUUGAGUGACCUUCUCAGUGAUCAGGUGUAUGUAACCAGCCCUCACAGUCCACAGACUUCCCAAGGCCCCUCAAGUCCACAGCAAGGCACAAUGAGUGGAAAGACUGUCACCACUACAGCACAUACUUUCACCACCUACUCCAACACUGAUAGUGGGCGUAACCCAGACAAAGUUCUGAUCCAGCGAGCAGAAGUGACGUACAAAGUGCCAGGAGUGGGCGAAGAAAAGCAUCACUAUACAAUAGCAGGUGAGCCCCCAGAACUUGAAAAACCUCGUGUCCCAAAGGGUGCAUUUUCCUACACAUCAACAUCCCCAACCUCCAUAGACCAGUCACGCUCUUUCCAGACGCUGGAGCGUGAAGUUACUCGCUCUGAGCAAGUGAGCAUGAGUGGGCCACAGAGCCCUCCUGGGCGAGCCCACACACUGCCAUAUCGCCCAGACUAUGAAAAUCGGUACCCUGCCGAAUAUAGCUACAACACGUUGGAUGGUGAGCACUCGCUGUCAUGGCUACAGCAGCAGCAGCAGAAGCUCCAGCGCAUGAAAGAUGGCCGAGAUGCAAGUGGCCGCACAGAGCAGGAGAAGCAACUGGUGCAGGAGCUGCGCUAUGCUCAGAACCGCUACUACAAGCAGCGUGCGCAGCAUGAGGCCGAGGAGCAUGCAGUCAUGGACUCUUAUGGACAUCAUCCCACCCAGAAUGGUCCAAUCUCUCCCUCUUCUGCCCCGCCAGUGUACACUCCUCCACCAAGAGGCUUUGGUUCAGACAGUGGACACUUCAACACAUUUUCUACCCAUUCAUGGUCUGAGAGCCACAACAAUUAUGGAGAGCAGCCCAGCACCAAGCCUCCACCAUCACCAACACAGCAGCGAGCAGCACAGCCAUCAUCGAUGCCUAUUCAACCCCCAGUGCGCAGCAGCAGCAAGGACUACAUGCGGUCACGCUCCAACAGCAGUAGCAGUGCCUGGCAAACAUCUCCUCCUCCUCCAAGUAACACCCUCACCCGCCAGUACUCAGAUACUUUGUACAACAGAGAGCCUACGACACUAGGCCCACACCACAUCGCCUCGUCGCAGUCCACGCCACCACACUCGCCUCGAGCUUUGUCACCCACUCAUGGUGGCUACAGCACAACCACUUACACCACAUACCGCACCAUUCACAAAGAUGUGCGUGAUGACACCCUGUCACGGCAGCUGCAGCAGCAACAGCAGCUUCAGCAACAGCAGCAGCAGCAGCAGCUUCAGCAGCAACAACAGCUUCAGCAGCAACAACUGCACCAACAGCAGCUUCAGCAGCAACAACUGCACCAACAGCAGCUUCAGCAGCAACAACUGCACCAACAGCAACAGAUGCAUCAGCAACAACAGCUGCACCAACCUCCUCCCCCACCAGUUCAGGCAGUUCCACCACCUGUUCAGCAGCCACAAGGAGUACAGUCUCCUCAGACUCACCACAAUUACAUAACGGAGGUCUUCGUGCACCGUGUUGGAGCUGACAAGCAGAAAGCUGACAUUGGAGAAGAUACACGACUGGAUGAGCUUACCCGCUCAUUGCAGGCGGCUAGUGAUUCCAUCAUGUCUCAAAGCCAGCAGCAGUCCUAUCAGUGGCAGGAGUCCCAUGUCUCGCAACAGUACCAGACCGUGAGUAGUGUUAACAACUCACAGGAGCAGCGCCUCACCCAGGGAUCUGAUGUCCGCAUGCAGCCUGCUACCAAACCUCCCCGAAGUGCUUCACCCCUUCUCUGGGAUAAUGUCGAUUCUCAAGCUCUGAAGAAUGAAGCGCCAGCACCAAAGCCAGUGCAAGUGGUUGAGGAGGAUCGAAUCAUGCUUCGUCCCAUUGGACCUGGUGUACAAACCCUUGAGCCAGAGGGGACCCAUUCCACUGGCACCCUGGGACGGGCAACAACUCCAGGCUUCCCAACAUCUCCAGUGACACCACCCUUCCCAGUCUCACCAAGGACACAUCUUUCUGCAGCAGGUGCCUAUGGUCUUGCUGUAGACGCCUUGCAUGGCAUGCACCACCCUUCCCAUCAGUUCCACCCCAUCAGUGCAGACACAAAGUUCUCCGCUUCUUCAUACUUCCGUUACCAGAAUGCGGAGUUUCAGACCAGGCCACAGACACCUGUAUGUCGUAUUUCAGACCCUGAUUAUGCCUCCAUUCCUGAGGACAUGCCCAUCUCUGCCACUUACAUGCACAAAGGUGGAAGUGUAGCAGUGAGCCCUACAGGUACACUGACCAGUCAGACAGUGGUGCAGCAACAACAACAGUACCAUCAGCAAUACCAGAUGCAGCAAGGACAAGCUACAGAUGGCACACUUCACAUUGACACCAGUCAGCGUAUGUUGUCUCCUACUGCUGCUCGCAGUCCAGGAAGUCCACCAUCACCUGGCAACCUGAACACACUACGUCAGCAGCUGUCUGCAGCCCACAGCAUGUCUGGCAACAUUGUUGCUCCACAUUCUGUCACAGGACAAAGUUCACCAAGUGUGUACUUCGGACUGUCACGGCGCGGCAGCUUGUCAUCUUUGACAGAUUCUGACAUGGUCCACGCUACACCCAAGUUUGUGAAAGACACUUCCAAGUUCUGGUACAAGCCAAAUAUUACACGGGAAGAUGCGAUUGCCAUGCUGAAGGACAAGGCACCUGGCAUGUUUGUUAUCAGGGACAGCAACUCUUUCCCUGGUGCAUAUGGUUUAGCCCUGAAGGUAGCACAAAUUCCUCCAAAUGUACAGGCAAAAUCAACAGGUGAUCCACAGGCUGAUCUGGUGCGUCAUUUCCUUAUUGAGCCAACACCUAAGGGUGUGCGACUUCGUGGCUGCAGCAAUGAGCCUGUCUUUGGAAGCCUUGCAGCACUUGUUUACCAACACUCCAUCACACCACUUGCCCUGCCCUGCAAACUGGUUCUGCCUGAUGCUGGAGAUACAGUUGAUGGUCCACUUAGUCCAGAAGCAACCACUACUACUGAAAUUAACUCUGCUGCUGACUUGCUGGCCAAAGGAGCAGCAUGCAACGUUGUCUUCAUAAACACAGUAGACACAGAAUCCUUGACAGGCCCUCAAGCUAUUGCCAAAGCAAUCAAGGUAACCUUUGAAUCUCAACCACCCACAAGAACUACAGUUGUUCAUUUCAAGGUUUCCAGCCAGGGCAUCACCCUCACAGACAACAACAGGAAGCUUUUCUUCAGGAGGCACUAUCCAGUAUCAGCAGUCACAUACUGUGGAAUGGAUCCACAAGAUCGGCGGUGGAAGCGAGAUGGUGAGGCGCCCGGUGUGCAGGUGGAUGCUAAGAUUUUUGGUUUUGUCGCACGCAAGCAGGGAGGUGUUUCUGACAAUUCAUGUCACCUGUUUGCGGAGCUGGAUCCAGAGCAACCUGCUUCAGCUAUUGUGAACUUUGUCACGAAGGUCAUGAUUGGACAGAGCAAGGUCAAGUCCUAGAAGCAAAUGAGUGACUUGCAGAUCAUUAGGUGUAUCAUUCGUUACUUGGUUCUAUAAAUAUUGUUUUUUCACUGUCUGCCUAUGCCAUGCAUUUCUUCUGAAUCUGAGCAGCUGCGCUCAGUGUUUGGUUCAUAUUCACGCAGUAGCUUUGAGCAAGAAGAAAUGAGUCUUUGCCCAAAGAUGCUAACAAUGGCAUAGCCUUGUCUAGGGCCAACCUGGUCCGCUUCUUGUUGACAACUGCUGGCAGGCAAAUCUGGUCAUUAGUCUGGCUGAUUGGUAGACAUUAACAAGACAUUGAACAUAGACCUUGUUUGGUGGAAAAUUUUGCCUUUUAAAGUUGUGGUUAAAUGACAAGUAAUGUGUUCACCAGGCAUUUCUUUCAAAUAUUCAUAGAAAGUUUAUCAGGGUUUUUUUUUUCCACUUUAAAGAACUUUUUUCAUCAAGUGUACUCUCUUUUUUUUUUAAAGUGGCCUGUCACAGUUUUAUGUAAACUGUCUCUUUUACUUUUAUUUGGCUGUAUAUCUGUAGAUUUGCAGUAUAAUAGGAGACUGGCUGACUGUACAAUGAAGUUUGAGCAACUUAAAGUCAUUCAUUUGCGGCAGAUAUGAUGAAUUCAUAGUCCAGGGCAUUGUGGAUGAACAGAACGUGUUGGACUGGACAUAUGAAGCAUAGUGAUCAUGAUAGUGACUCCGUGUACUAUACAGGCUUAUGCCACCUGUGUGCUGGCCAAGAUCAGGGGAGAGUUAGCUGGUGUGAUGUGCAGAUUGUACCAUGUUUAUUGCUUGCAUUGUUAUGAAAUUGAUGACAUGUUAUGAUCUAUAUUGUUCAUAUUUUGAUAUGUUUGCAUUUCAAGUAUGUUGCAAGUUCUUUUUAAGGAGAAAGAUGUUGUGUUCUAUUUGGUGGUAAAUGUUCUGCUGCUUAAAUAUACUCCUACCAUAGCAGAAUACUACUCACAGAUAACAACACUAGAAAUAAGGGGCAGUUAAGCCCAGAUUUGCCAUCUUGCUAACUACCUGCGUCAAACGAGUAUUUGCUACCGCAUAUUUGUUUCUCACCGUAGUCUCAAAGUGGAUGUUUCUUUGCAACAUAUACCUCUUUAUAUAUGUAUAUAUACACAAUAAUUAUUUGUUCAGUGUCUCCACAAUACUGGUGCUACUUCAGCCUAACUGACAUGUUGUGAAGCCAUUUUGCAUUAUUUAAAGACAAGUAAAGGAACAAAGAAUAGACUGUUUCUUAUGCUAAUUCACCUUGUAGCCAUGGUACGGACAUGGUGCAAGGUGCAUGCCAGCUUCUGUAGUCUGCCUGUUUUGUUUUUGUUCUUGUUUUAUUUUUUCGGUAACUGCAUAAUGACCAGGUAAAAGGUCAUUUCCUCUGAGCUCAGUGCAAAGGUGAAGCUGAGAGUUGGGCUUCUGCGGCCAGACUCCACAGCAUGGUUGUCAAAACAGAAUAACUUGUACAUCUAUCUUUGUAUUGCUAUUGUACACAGUUCUUGUAGUGUAUAAACUUUGUUACAAUUGUGUAGACAGGUAAACUUGAGCGAUAUGCAGAUAGCAAUACGGGAAGUUUAUUCAGCCUUCUUGGAGUUGUAAGGAAUGUGGGAGAAUUAUUUGGCUUCUUAUAUAUAUUUUUCUAUUUCUUCAUCCCCUCUCUCUCACACACACUCGCAUAUGCCAAGAACUAUUCCACAACACAGUCAUUGGCCAUAGGAAUGCUGGUGGAUGGUGGAAGGCAUGGCAACCCCAUGCCAUUUAUGGGCGCUUGGACCUUGUCACAAAUAGAAUUUAACUCUGGCAGCUUCUUUAAGUUUUUUUUUUUUUUUAAUUUAUUGCUGUUCAUCAUACCGUCAGAGUUUUAAUCUCGAUCCUUUUAUUAACUGCAGAACAGUUUUGUGGUAAAUUUCCAGGGCAUGAUGCUUACAGUCCUGUGCACACCAUUCUCAUUCCCAUGAAGCUGGUAGCAGGAACUAAACAUAUGCAUGAGGUGGAAGGCAUGCUUGGAUGCCAGCGUCUUCACAAACAAAAAGGGAGAAUCACAGCAUGUUCAGCUUAAUGUAAAGCACAGAUGUAGUGACACCAGACCUAGUGUACACAUGGUGCAACAGGCACAGUGAUGUGAUGGUGUACAUCUGCCAUGGUUUUGUUUUUCCCUAAUUUGUAGUAAAGUUCCUUCCCCAAAUGACACUACCUGAUAUACCCGGAUGAUCCAAUACAGUUAAGAUUAUAGCCCUUUCGUUUUGUAUGGCUUGGGUUUAUUUUUUUUUUUUUUUUAAACUUUUUGCCUCGUUUUAUAUCUAGUGGUGAUUGCUGUAAUUCUAGAGUGCAUGCAGUUGAAGACUUAUCACGCCAGUUUCACUGUCUCGUCACUAGCUUGCCCUUUUUUUAACCUCGUUACAUGUAUUUAGUAUGAUGCUUGCUGAAUUCUCAGUAGACUGGUUAAAACAUGCUGUUACCUGGAUACUGCAGGUAGGCGCCUCAAUGUACAGCCAGUCAGGCUGUGACACAGAAGGUACCAGGAUUUUUAAGGGAGGAGAAUGGUAGGGGCAGGGAGAUAAUAAACUUGCCUCGGGAUACCUGAAAUAGAUCUGAAAGAUAGCAGGUGAGCAAGUUUGUUUUUUUAAAAUCGGAUUUUAUGUAUGGAUAAUGUGUCUUGCAAAAUGGGAUAUAGUUUGCAUCUCUUUGGUUUAGGACAGUCUUCAUGGAGUUGUUGUAGUCAUUUAUUACUGUCUUUUUCACAGAAAUCUCUUGAAAAGGAAAUAAAUCUUUGAUGGCCUUCCAAAUCAAAGAAUUUUAGAGUCAGCAUUUAAAAACUAGCAGAAAUUUGAAAUUGUGCAACAUUAAGUUGGUCUAGGACUGAAGAGAUGUUAAUAUAGAGUACACGUGCAGUUUAAGAUGAAAUGGUGUACCUAGAAGCAGGAUGAUCAGUGAAAUGUUCUGGUGCCAGACGAAAUAUAAAUCCCACAUUCUGUAGUUGUCAGAAUUUUUUUAAAUUGACAAGAAAUGUCAAUAUGGUCAUUGUCUUAAGGGGUGUAAGUAAAGGAGCCUGUUACACUAGGGUUGACAGAGGUCACGAGACUGUUCAAUUCUAUAUCUUUCUUGCUGCUUCAAAGAACCAGAGUCGGUGUAUAAAUAAACAAUCUCCAUGUAAAG